AUGGCAGACCCAACCUCCCGGGAACUAGUUCACCGGGCCUCAGCCACCAACACCAUGACGCCCUACCCACCCUCAGCACCCACCAGAAACAGAACUCCAGAUAACAGACCUACAAGGACUCUCAGCCCACUGAGCGGACUGAAACGGCAACGCCUGGUGAAGGUGCCCCUCACUACGAUGGACUCCUGCUCCGAAAUCACCCCUGCUGCAUACACAGCUCAACGGACUCUUCCCCUUGACCACAACCAACACAUGACUCAGGAGCACCAAGGACCUCCGCGGCAUUCACGGCAUCCUCCCCGCCAACAGCAUCGAAGAUAA